AUGGGGGUCGGAGAUUAUAUCCAUUCCAAAGAAGCCGGCCAACACCGUGCCACAAAUGAGACGUCGAACAAGUCGAGACAAUUUCAAGCUGAGCAGGCCAAGGUCAAUGUUCCUCAAACAAAUCUAAUGGCACCGGUUCCUUUGGGGGUUGGUGCAUCUGGGCUACCGCAAGAACUAGAAGAUGCCCAACAAAGGGAUACGUUCGACACAGAUGUGGAAGGGAUUGAUGAAUCAACUAUCGCUGGAACCAGUAUUGCCGAUGUUGAAGAAUUCCGAAUGGAGCCUACCCAAUUACCUCAACCUCAGCCUCCUCGGUUGCCCACUCACGUCGCUCAGUCUCAAGACACAGACACAAGAGCUUUGUACCAGUUUCGCCAUGGACAUCGUCCGUACCAACCUAAUUGGUACGAGAACCUGGGGGAUAAGGCCAUGAAGUCAGCAGGGUUUGAGUCUGACGAUGCUGACGACGACGCAAGCCAGUUGACUUCUAUUGCCGGGGAUGAUGAAAGGGAUGAGCUCAAUGAUUGGUACUAUUCUCACAAGCACCGUGCUGCACCCGAGGAACCUUUGAGCAAGCGUCUGGAGAAUUUCUGGAAUGCUAGCAAACGAGCAACUUCCAGACCAGCAACCCAAUCUCAUCCAGAGACAAAACAUCCGGUGCUGGCCCCGCCAGCUCCUGAAUCCAGGAAGCAGGACCUGUCCGUGGGAGGAAACAGAAAGAUUACUCUUCCUCGCAGUAUGACUGCGACGCCCAGAACCAGAUUUAGCCCUCCAAAGCCUUCGCUUCUCGAACAAUUGGAUAAUUCCCCCACCCGUCGAGUUGGUGGCUCGCGAACGCGGCCUAGACGGGGAAGCGCGGUUGACCUCCGUCAGAGGAACAACGAUGACGAUGCCGAUUUGUUCAAUAGUGACAACCGAGACAGUAUUGAUGGCCAGUCAAUGACCGCUUUUGAUUUAACGAACGUGGUGGCUCUUGAUGAGGACGACACUCUGCAAGAUCCCUUCUUGAGGCACAGCCGGUCUGACUCCGACCCCGCUGCCCGCUCAAAGAAACGGGGCCUCGAACCAGAUUAUCCGCCGGAAGUCCUGUAUCAGAAGUCAUUUACUGAGCUUCAGGCCGAACCAUUCGAUCGCUCUCCUAGCACCACUCCUGUACAGCCCAGACCCACCCCAGAGCCAGAUACGGCCCCGGAAGAUAAGUUCUUUAUGCUUUCAAACAUGCCAGACCUUGACCGCCGAAACUAUUUCUCGACUCUUUCAAUUGACGAAUGGGAAUCCUAUGGUGAUCAAUUGAUCGACCAAUUCACCAAUAUGCUCACCAAAAUGAAAGACCUACGUCAGGCACGACGCAAGACAGCCACCAUCUUUGAGGCUGAAUUGAAAAGAAGGCACGAAAUGGUUGAAGAACAAAGUCGCGAGAUAUCCGACAAGAUGGACGUUAUGAGAAGCGGGGGAGCGGAGGUUCUGCGCGGUCGUACCCCUUGA